UUCAGUCAUCGUUAAAGACGUCUCAGCAAGAAAUGGCAGCGCGUAAAUUUUAUGAAAAUAUAUUAAUAAAUUUUCAUAAAAAUAAUAUAAAAUUAUUUGCUGUUUUUAUGAAAACAGCAAGUUUAAUGCAAAAUGCAAAUGUGCUUAAAAGAUCACUUUAA